AUGUCUGAACUCGUACCUCUUGCCCAUAUUGAAGGCAAGUUGAGUGGCAAAUAUUUAGUCCAAGCAUACCUUCGUACGUUAGCGGCGAAUCUGAAAUGUCUGGAAUCUGAAUUGUGGGUAGAUCCAAAACAAGGAGCCUUGGUGCGUGGACUGCCUGGUCCGACCACAUUGGACAAACUAUUCCGCUUCUUUCUUCCAUUUGGCGUCAAGACACCUUUGUCCAGUGUCGAAUUUCUUCAAGAUAAUGCUGCUCUCUGGCGCUACCUCUCAAAACUGCCAUUGGAAAAGGACCUCGAUCAAGCCGUUAUCCACGCGUUCAAUUGGAGUGCUGAUCGCCGUCUUCCAAAUCCAACGAAUGUUAAGCCUAAUCGACCAGUUGUCGUUUCCGGCUUGACAUAUUCAAAAAUUGCAAUUGGUUUUACAUACUGGGAGAGUCCUGUUGUAGGAUGGCUGGAGCCCGAAGUAGUGAUGAAUGACGGAAGAACCAGAGUUAAACUUGCAGAAUAUACAUUCGGUACACAUUUGCGGUUGGACUAUAACUGGCAUCACCCCCAAAACGAGUGGCUGUCGCAGGCGUCAAGUGUUUUUUAUCAACUCGGGAUCUCAUUAGACGGCGAUCUUUCGCAUAUUGAGCUCAUCACACCACGCAUUUCUUUGGAAGGACAACUGGAGAGGUCCGAAGUUCAUCUCCAGCGACGCUGGGAGGUUCGGCCCAUCUACCUCUUCAUGCACCCUCUAGUACUCGACAGUGACCUCAUCGAUCAUUACUGGUCUCUUGAUGCAACUGGAGGAACGCGCAUAUCGGAGGAAACGUGCAAUGAACUCGGCCUUCCCUUCAAGCUUAGGGUGGUAUGUUGGACAGUCGAGCGAUUCCCGUGGUACACCGAGACAUACAAAGACAUCGAGCGAUGGCAAGUUGAUAGAGGGUUUGACCCGAAGACGACAGACUUCGCUCGUUACCUUGGAUACCCCGUCUUUGAAGUCGUACAACCAGAUUCAAGCCGCUUUGAAGAACACAAAGAAGAUGCUUAA